CGUAGCUAGCGAUUAGUUGAGAGGGGCCGGCAGCCAUCCGGUCUAGGCUAAGGGGCAGGGCCUAGGACUCAGAACCUGCUGGAGCGCGUCACUGGCUCCCGCUGCGGUGCUCUAGUCCUGCUGGCCCUUUUCUGCUGUCUCUUCUCGGCACAGCUGCCACAGCACCAUGGCUGUGCUCGUCGUGCUCCUGCCAUUGCUGGUGGCGGGUGUUUUAGGAAAUGAAUUUAGCAUAUUAAGAUCACCGGAGUCCGUUGUUUUCCGAAAUGGAAAUUGGCCUAUAGCAGGAGAGCGAAUCCCAGAUGUGGCUGCACUCUCCAUGGGCUUCUCUGUGAAAGAGGACCUAUCUUGGCCGGGACUUGCGGUGGGUAACCUAUUCCACCGGCCCCGGGCCACCAUCAUGGUGAUGGUGAAGGGAGUGGACAAACUGGCUCUCCCCACAGGCAGUAUCAUCUCCUACCCUUUGGAGAAUGCAGUUCCUUUUAGUCUUGACAGUGUUGCAAAUUCCAUUCAUUCUCUAUUUUCUGAAGAAACUCCUGUAGUUUUGCAGUUGGCUCCCAGUGAGGAAAGAGUGUAUAUGGUGGGGAAAGCAAACUCGGUGUUCGAAGAUCUCUCAGUCACAUUACGACAGCUGCGUAACCGCCUCUUUCAAGAAAACUCCGUGCUCAACUCACUUCCCCUCAAUUCUCUAAGUAGGAACAAUGAAGUUGACUUGCUCUUUCUCUCUGAACUACAAGUGCUACAUGAUAUUUCAAGUUUGUUGUCUCGUCAUAAGCAUCUAGCCAAGGACCAUUCUCCUGACUUGUAUUCACUGGAGCUGGCAGGUUUGGAUGAAAUUGUGAAGCGUUAUGGGGAAGACUCUGAACAGUUCAGGGAUGCUUCUAGGAUCCUUGUUGAUGCUCUGCAAAAGUUUGCAGAUGACAUGUACAGUCUUUAUGGUGGGAACGCAGUGGUGGAGUUAGUGACUAUCAAAUCAUUCGACACAUCCCUUGUGAGGAAGUCAAGGACCAUCCUUGAGGCAAAACAAGAGAACCCAGAAAGUCCCUAUAACCUUGCAUAUAAGUAUAACUUGGAGUAUUCAGUGGUUUUCAACUUGGUAUUUUGGAUUAUGAUUGGCUUGGCUCUGGCUGUGCUCAUCACCUCUUACAAUAUUUGGAACAUGGAUCCUGGAUAUGAUAGCAUCAUUUAUAGGAUGACAAACCAGAAGAUUCGAAUGGAUUGAAUUUUCCAUAUGCUAGACUUAAGACAAGGGGUUUGGUAAUUGGUUUUAUUAAAAUAAAAAAUCUAUUAGUGUGGUUUAAAGUAGACAGUAUACCUUAAAUUUAUUUUUUAAAAAAACCACAAAAUCUGUUCUCUAUUUUGUGUGUGCCUGUGGGUUUUUUUUUCAGAAUGAAUUAUAGUAUUGAUGUGAAUUGAAUUGUGAUAUAGAUUCCAUAAUAUGCUCGAAUAUUAUUGAUAUGGUCAUUUAAUAAAGUAAUUUCAUUCCAUGUAAUACAUUUGGAAAUAUGCACUGAAAGAAAUGUAAACCACCUUAGAAUAGUUACUUAUGUUGGAAAUGUACUGAAUUUCUUAGAGAAGCUUUUGGAUACUCAACUUCCUUGCACAGACUAGAUGAAUUCUGUUUGGGCUGUUAUAGACUAUGAACCAUUUGUAAAUGUCUUAGUCUGAUGUAAAUAUCUAGGAAAAAAGAGAAAAAAUUUAACUUAGAGCAGCCCAAAAAUACUGGAUGUGCUUGUACAAUCGCUUAGUUUUAGAACUGUAUGUGAUUGGCAGGCUUGCUAUUUCUUAACCUCUUCUACAAGUUUGGUGAUCUGUAUGGUUUAGUAGAGAUAUUAAAAAUGUGACAUUGAUUUCAGAAGAGACUAGCUUUGUGGAAUAUAGAUGCUUGUAAUUAAAUACACAAAAAUGAAUCUGUGGGGGACAUGUUGAAGCAUGAAUAUAAAAUAUUUUUAUUUCAGUAACUUUUCCCCCCUGUGAAGUUAUUAUGGUUUGUGGUACAACUUCAUUCUGUAGAAUAUUAAGUGGAAGUGGAUGAUUGCUACUUUUCAUGUGGAAAUGGACCAAUGUCUAUAUAGAAUGACAAAUAAAGGUAAUGAUUCCAAA